ACUCUACAUGAGUACUCGUCACGUGAGGCAACCAAUGUGUAUGGCUCCACCCCUAAAAAAAAAUCCACCCCUACCUCUCUCUCCUCGCAACUCACACCUUCUAUUUUCCCCCGGGGUUUAUACCCACUCUUUUGUAUACCUUCCUUAACCUUCUUACUACAUCGCUAUAACGCAAAGAUGGGCCAGUGGUUCGAGGAAAUUAGCCCUGACCUCGCAAAGUGGAUUAAGAAACAAAAGAUCUUCUUUGUCGCGACCGCGCCUCUGGAUGGACGAGGGUGUGUCAAUACUUCGCCCAAGGGCCACGACUGCCUUAGGAUCCUGGGUCCUAAUCAGCUCUGCUAUCUUGAAUUGUCUGGGUCCGGUAUUGAGACCCAGAGCCAUCUGGAAGAGAAUGGUCGUAUCACUAUCAUGAUGACUGCGUUCGAAGGUGGACCUCGAAUCCUGCGAUUGAUUGGAACAGGCAGAGUCGUUCGCGUCGGCUCCGCCGAAUUCAAUCAACUAAUGGAUGAUCACUACCAGGACUCUGGGCUCUACAAUGCGCAUGGAAAAAGAGCUAUCAUCCUGGCGGACGUACGCAAAGUCGGGACAAGCUGUGGCUACGCCGUUCCUUUUUUUGACUACCGCGGAGAACGACCCACGCUUAUGAAUACCUGGGCCAAGCGUGACGAGGAGGCCAUCAAGCAGUAUUGGUUAACCAAGAACAAGUAUAGUCUGGAUGGGCUCCCAGGCAUGAGGCACGAGUGGCUGGGGCCAGAAUGGACUGGGAAGAACCGAGGUCCUGGACUGGUUGAGCUGCCGGACUGGGCGACGCCGUCGACGGCGCAAAGCAUUACUGCGUGGCUUAAAUCUGGAUCCGGAUUAGCAAACGUUUCAGUCCUGGGUGCUGGAGUCGCCAUCGGUGCUGGGCUUGCUACCUUUGUUAUCUCGAGGCGUCGAUGAACAGCUGGCAGGGGAGGACAGAUGCAGUUUUUUCCCGCAUGACUGCGGAGGAUGGACAACAGAACUCGUUAAAUUAGCUGGUAAAUAGGAAAAAUGGUGCAGCGUGCUGUAUCCCAGCAAUGUUUUUUUCCCUUUUUCUGCAUUCCCAUAGCGAUCUUGGGCAUAAACGAAGGGGUUUUUAAAGCUCACUUUCAUGCUCAGAUCGUUAGAUUUGGAAAAGACAACUGCUCUUUCCUCUUACAAUUCAUGCUGAGCACAUGUCGGCGACUUUAAUGACACCUUUGCCCUGAAACGAACGAUCCCACAUGCACCUCCAGUGCGUUCUCUAAGCCCCCAAGCCAGCUGCGAUACCCUCCUUCAAAACCAUAUCUCCAUUCAGCAGUCAGUCACUCACUUUCUUCAUGAACUGUGC